CGAGACUCGUCCAAAGCAUUAAUUUUUAUUUUUUUGUUUCAGUAAAAGAAAUGUCAUCGUCAAAUUGGAUCGACGACGCUUUUACAGAGGAAGAGCUUCUCGCUAUCGACGCCAUCGAAGCUUCCUACAAUUUCUCCCGUUCUUCUUCUUCUUCUUCCUCUGCUGCUCCGACCGUACAAGCUACAACCUCCGUCCAUGGCCACGAGGAGGAUCCAAAUCAAAUCCCCAAUAAUAUCCGUCGCCAAUUGCCUCGUUCCAUCACUUCUUCUACAUCUUAUAAACGAUUUCCUCUCUCCCGUUGCCGAGCUAGGAAUUUUCCAGCAAUGAGGUUUGGUGGUAGGAUUUUGUAUAGCAAGACUGCUACUGAGGUUGAUAAGCGAGCAAUGCAGCUUAUUAAAGUUCUUGAUACCAAGAGAGAUGAAUCUGGAAUAGCUUUUGUUGGCUUGGAUAUUGAGUGGAGACCAAGUUUUAGAAAAGGUGUUCUCCCGGGGAAGGUUGCGACUGUCCAGAUAUGUGUAGAUAGUAAUUAUUGUGAUGUUAUGCAUAUUUUUCAUUCUGGUAUCCCUCAAAGUCUCCAACAUCUUAUUGAAGAUUCAACACUUGUAAAGGUAGGUAUUGGAAUUGAUGGUGACUCUGUGAAGCUUUUCCAUGACUAUGGAGUUAGUAUCAAAGAUGUUGAGGAUCUUUCAGAUUUAGCCAACCAAAAAAUUGGUGGAGAUAAAAAAUGGGGCCUUGCCUCACUAACUGAGACACUUGUUUGCAAAGAGCUCCUGAAGCCAAACAGAAUCAGGCUUGGGAACUGGGAGUUUUAUCCUCUGUCAAAGCAGCAGUUACAAUACGCAGCAACGGAUGCUUAUGCUUCAUGGCAUCUUUACAAGGUUCUUAAGGACCUUCCUGAUGCUGUCAGUGGCUCAUAACGUGAAGGAGGAAGCUUAAAGGUUAGCCUAUAACCCCAAGAGUUAGCAUCAAAUGAUAUGAUACACCUAAUCUAGUCAAGUAGAUGCAAUUCUUGUGAAUAUUGUAUCUAGUUCUGGUCCCUUUAACCGUCCAGAAACUAGUGGGUUCAUGGUAAGCUCUUCUUCUUAGAUCGUUGAUUCUAACUUUGAAUACAGAUGUAAAGAUUUGAUAAAGGAUAAGGAAACGUCUUUAUUAAGUCAUCAUACACGGGAAUCAAAUCAAAGCAGACCUGGAAACAAACCCUUGAAAGGAGACAAAAACAGACACUGCAAACACAUGAAAGCAC